AAGAAUUAGCCGAAGGUAUUCGAUAUAGCAAUAUUAAUGAAUUUGAAGAUUAUUCAGCACCGAAUAUUGAUUAUGAAAAUGAAUCUCAGCCUAGACUUAGAAUACCAUAUAGUUUUGAUGAUAUAUUAAUUUGGCUAUUAAAAUUUCAAAGUAAUUUUAAAGUGCCUGAAACAGCUAUCGAAAUUUUAAUUAAAUAUAUUCAUCAAUUAUUAUGUGAGUUUGGUGAUGAAAAUCUUUUUAAAGAUUUUUCAACCUCAAUGUAUAUGCUUCGAAAACAUCUUAAAAUCAGUAACUUUAUAACAUAUUCAGUAUGUUUAAAAUGUGACAAACUAUAUACUAAAAAAGAGGUUGUUGAUUCAUGGGAUAAUAAUGGACAAUUAUCA